UUGGGAGACUUGCACUAAUAAAAAUCUCUUUAUUCACAUUCCUCUUUUUGUUUUGGAGUUUUGCAGAAAAUAUCUGUCUUCCUCCCUUUACAAUAAAGACUCCCUUUCUUCCUUAUUUUCUUAUUUCAUUUUUGCAGCUAGUUUAUGGAAGAAGAUAUUUGAUAUAGCCUACAUAUAUGUCAUUGUUCCAUCAUCAGCAAGUGUUAGAAGUGACUUCCAUUUAUAUAUGGAUGGCCUAAGCUUUCUUUAACAAGAUUUUCUUGAAAUAGUUUUCUAAAUAGAACUCUAAAUAAAAAAAUAAAAACUAAUUUUCUUGAUUGGUUGUGAAGAAGGAUUUUUUUUUAGUUGGUGAAAUCUAUGGCUAUGUACUAUCAAGGAGGCUCAGAAAUCCAAGCUGAUGGUCAGACACUUUAUUUGAUGAACCCUAACUAUAUAGGCUAUUCUGAUACACAUCAACAACAACAGCAACAACAACAAUUAGCCAACAUGUUUUUCUUGAAUUCCGCGGCCGGAGGGAAUUUUUCCCACUUGGCCCUCCCUUCGCAAGCCCACGCGCAGGGACACCUCGUUGGUGUCCCCCUCCCAGCCGGUUUUCAGGAUCCAAACCGUCCUUCUGUUCAAGAAAUUUCUACCUCUCAUCAUGGACUUUUGUCGCGUUUGUGGAGCUCUGUUGACCAAAAUAGUCCUGGCGGUAGCGGCGGUGGUGGUGGUGGAAAUGAAAGCCAAUCACAUAUGCCAUCAUCCACCGUGGUGUCUCCCAACUCCGGCGGAGGCACCACCACCACGACGGACUUUGCUUCCCAAUUAGGGUUUCAAAGACCGGGGUUGGUGUCACCGACACAGGUGCACCAUCAAGGUCUUUCUCUAAGCCUUUCUCCGCAACAACAACAACAACAACAACAACAUCAUCAGAUGAUCAAUUUCAGGUCUAUUCCACUAGACCACCAUGAAAUUUCAACAGAAAAUCAUCAAGUCAGAAUACUAUCAUCAUCACCAUCACCGAGACCAAAUACUAAUAAUAUGGAUCAUACUCGAGGAUCGGGGGCAUCAUCGUCAUUUUCGAUUUCUAAUGGAAUGAUUUUUGGUUCUAAGUACCUAAAAGCUGCACAAGAACUUCUUGAUGAAGUUGUUAAUGUUGGACAAAGCAUCAAAUUAGCAGAUGGCUUAGAAAUUGGUGUUAAGGAGAAGCACAAAUUGGAGAAUGAAUUAAUUUCUUUGGCUAGUGAUGAUGUUGAAAGUAGCAGCCAAAAAAAUAGUGUUGUUGAGCUUACAACUGCUCAAAGGCAAGAACUUCAAAUGAAGAAAGCUAAGCUUGUUAGCAUGCUUGAUGAGGUGGAUCAAAGGUAUAGACAAUACCAUCACCAAAUGCAAACAAUUGCAGCAUCAUUUGAGCAAGCAGCAGGAAUGGGAUCAUCAAAAUCCUACACACAACUUGCUUUGCAUACAAUUUCAAAGCAAUUUCGUUGCCUAAAAGAUGCAAUUUCUGGGCAAAUAAAGGCCACAAGCAAAACUUUAGGGGAAGAAGAGAGCAUGGGAGGAAAAAUUGAAGGAUCAAAGUUGAAAUUUGUGGAUCAUCAAUUACGCCAACAACGUGCACUUCAACAAUUGGGGAUGAUGCAACCAAAUGCUUGGAGACCACAAAGAGGUUUGCCAGAAAGAGCUGUCUCAGUACUUCGCGCUUGGCUCUUCGAACAUUUUCUUCAUCCGUAUCCCAAAGAUUCAGAUAAAAUCAUGCUUGCUAAGCAAACAGGACUAACGAGGAGCCAGGUAUCCAAUUGGUUCAUAAAUGCUCGAGUUCGACUAUGGAAGCCAAUGGUAGAGGAAAUGUACAUGGAAGAAGUGAAGAAUAAUCAAGAGAAAAAUGGUUUAGAAGAAAAUAUUGUGAACAAGAAUGAGCCUAACAAAGAAGUAGUUGGCUCAAAAUCAAGUGCUCCACAAGAGAAACCAAUUAGUAGCAAUAUUCAGGAUGCUUCUCCCACAGAAAUUUCUACUUCCACCAUUUCAACAUCUCCGACUGGCGGCUGCGGCUCGCUUCCGGCUCAAGCUGCAGGUUUCUCCUUCAUUGGCUCAUUAAAUAUGGAGAACAUUGGUGAUCAAAGGAACAACAAAAAGCCAAGAAAUGGCAUGCAGAAUUCUUCUAGUGCAAUUCUUUCAACGACCAAAAGUGAAAAGCUCAACAGUGACAACACACAGUCAAGAGACUGUUACCCACUAAUGACUCCCUAUACAAUGGAUGAUCAAUUUGGGCAAAGGUUUAAUCCAAAUCAUCAACAAUUGGCAACAACAAAUUUUCAUCAAGGAAAUAAUGGUCAUGUUUCUCUUACUUUAGGGCUUCCACCAAAUUCUGAAAACCAACACAAUUUUUUGCCUAAUAACCAAAACAUUGGAUUGGGAAGUAGGCUUGAAAUGGGAAGUCAUUAUAAUAGAAUGAGCAAUCCACCAAUACCACCAAAUAUUAGCUUUGAAAACAUUGAUUUUCAGAGUGGCAAGCGAUACACGACUCAACUAUUACCAGAUUUUGUUUCUUGAUACAUAUAAUUUGCAGGUAAAACUUGGAACAUGAAGACCUUGGACAUUUUCAAGUACCAUCUUUUUGAUAUAUAAAAGAAGGGAUUUGAGAUUUAGUCAUGUAUAUGUAUAGGUAGGAAUUUUACUUACUAUAGCUAGGUUAUACUUCUAGUUUCCAAUGAAGGUACAAUUAUUUUUGUUUUUGUAUUAAGAUAGCUAGCUUGGAUUAUUUAAAGUUGUUGCAUGCAUGCAACAAUAGAAAAAAAACAAUUCUCAAACUGUAGUAUGUUGUGAAUCUGUGCUUGUUUUUGUCUCAAUUUUCAGAUAUUUAGAUAAAUAUUUACAGCGCAGCUAUCAUGAAA